CCCCCGACGCUUAACUGCACCUGGACCAUCACGGUCCCCGAGGGCCAGGUGGCCACCCUCUCCUUCCGCGUCUUCGACCUGGAGCCGGACCCUCUGUGCCGCUUCGACUCGCUCUCGGUGUUCGGGGGGCACGGCCCGGGGGCGCCGCUCCUGGGGCGCUUCUGCGGCACCUUCCGCCCGGGGGCUCUGCGGGCCCCCCAAAACCGCCUCAGGCUGCGCAUGGAGAGCGACGGCGGCACGGCCGGCAGGGGCUUCCUGGCCUGGUUCAGCGCCGGCAGCCCCCCCGCCAGCGAGCACCAAUUUUGUGGGGGCGGCUGGAGAAGCCCAGGGAGCCUGAACACCCCGAGGUGGCCCGAGGAGGAUUAUCCCCGCAUCAGCUGCUCCUGGCACAUCGUGGGACCCCCGACAAGGAUCCGAGGAGUGGGGGGAGCGCUGAGCCUGAUUUUUGAGGGGUCUUUGCCCCCCUCCCCCAAAAAGGUGGUGGAGCUGCGGUUCGGGAAGUUCGACGUGGAGCCCGACCCCCACUGCCGCUACGACUACGUGGCCGUCUUCGAGGGGGGGGCUCGGGACGACGCGCGGCGCCUCGGGAGGUUCUGCGGGGAGGAGACCCCCGGGUGAGCCCCCUCC